AUGCAAGACAAGUCAAAGAAAAAGGGUGAUGCUGCUUUCCAAGAAAAAGAUUUUAAAACUGCAAUCGAGUGCUACACGCAGUUCAUUGAUGUUGGAACGGUAUCCCCAACAGUAUUUGCUCGUCGUAGUUUGUCUUAUCUUAUGAGCAACAUGGCUAAAGAAGCUUUUAAUGACGCAAUGCUAGCCAGAGACAUUUCUUCAGCCUGGCACAUUCCAUCUUAUCUACAGGCUGCUGCACUUUUUGCUCUUAGAAUGGAAAAUGAAGCGAGAGUAGCACUUCCUCAGCUCUUGAGGCCAAAAAGGACAACCAAUGCACAGUUCCCUUUCCUCUUUGAUUUGCUUCUGUUUGGCUGUGUGUUGAGUUUUGUUUGA